UAAAAAUCAAAAACCAUAAACCCCCCCUCUCUCUCUCGUUCGGCCUUCUCUCUCGCCGUCAGCGCCGACCCCCCCACGGCGGCUCUCUUCACCGGCGACACCCUCUUCCCCUCGGCGGUCUUCUUCUUCCCCUCACCAUGGCCGAAAACAGCGAGAUUACUUCCCAAAAUAACUCCUCCAAACCUCCUCAUCUUGCUUUCACAACAUUCUCAAAUGUGAAACUUCAUGUCCCCGUUCCACUCAGUCUCUCCCAACCUAAUUACAAAAAGUGGAGCCGACUCUUUCUUCUUCUCGUUCGGCGGUUCAACCUCAAGGGAUACAUCGAUGGCUCCGUCGUCCCCCUCUCCGAUGACGACGACGAAUGGUUCCAACUCGACGCUCUCCUCCAGGGUUGGAUCCUCUCCACCAUCACUAAUGAGGCCUCAGAUCUGGUCAUCUCCUCUGUUUCUACUGCCUCUGCUCUCUGGAAAGUCAUCCACGACUUGUUCCACGACAACAAACAUGCCCGAGCUAUGCAAUUGGAGCAUGAAUUCCGCACGACGGUCAAGGGUAACUCAACCAUGGCAGCUUAUUGCCAACAACGGCAGAAUCUUGUCGACUGGUUGGAUGACGUGGAUGCACCAGUCUCCCAACACCAACUCGUCCUUCAAAUGCUUCGUGGUCUCCCUGCCGAUCUCCAGGCACAAACAUCAUUCAUGCAAUUUCAGGAUCCCAUGCCCAUGUUUCUGCAGGAAAAACAAGGAGUGAGAGACGGGGAAAGAACCCAGAAAAUUUAUCUGGGGUUUUCUCUAUCAUCCUUCUUGUCUGUAAUUCAUCUUUUCAGAAGGAGCCGAGGGAAUUUCAUGGAGUCUCAGGCUUUGGUCGCUCUGGGUCUCUCAAUGUUGGGUGGACUAAGUACCUCUUUAGGUGCUUUGUUUGUGAUCAUAAAUCCUGCCCCUGACUUGAAGAUGCUUGGUCUUUUGCAGGGUUUUGCUGCUGGUCUUAUGUUGAGCAUAUCAUUCCUAGAUUUGGCUCAUAAUGCUUUGAACUCUAUUGGGUUCUUAAGGGGAAACCUUUGGUUCUUUGCAGGGGCUGCUUUCUUUGCUCUCAUUUCAAGCUUCAUCCCAGAACCUACUCUUUCUCCCAUUUCAGAUGCCCAGAACAAAAUGGUUUAAAUCUUCUUAUCUACCCAAGUAUUUCAGUAUUUUUCCCUAUGAGUUUGAUUAUUAAACUGCUUGUAUUCAU